CAAGAACCCUAGACCCGAACCGCGAGUCCGUUGCCCCAGAGGUUUAUCCCGUCCCGUCUUCCUUUGCCAAUAGGAGGGUGGGAGAGAGAGAGAGAGAGAGAGAGAAGGUUUGUGUAUGCAAAUUAUUGUGUUUCCUCUCCGACUAUUUGAAUUUCCAUCGUAGAGACCGUACCCUCUGCAAAAUUUAGGGUUUCCCUUUUCUGGCUUCUAUUGAACCGCCGCUUUGGUUUAGAUUUUUGCUCUGUGGAAGCUCGUUGGUUUAUACAAAUUUCGUAGCUGCAGUUUAGAUUCCUGCGAUUCUUAAGAUUAUUAGAAUUACUUAGUUGAUUUGUGUAGAGGCUCCAUAUUUAAGCGUUUCUAUUUGUGGUUGUCGCUUUGUAUGAGAUAGAGGAUUUCCUAUUUGAUGGAUGAGAUCUGGGAGAGGGCUGUGGAGACAGCUUUAGAGGGGGAGGCGGACCACGCCUCUGCUCGAACCCUAACCCUUGACGGUGCAGUUAAGUGCAUACAAGGUCGGUUGCCGCCUCCGAGCCUGCUAGAGAGAUUUCAGAACCUUCAGCACCUUUCUAUUGCCAACAUAGGCGUCUCGUCGCUUGAGCAGUUCCCAAGGCUUCAGAAUCUUCAGAAGUUGAUCCUUUCCGACAACCGAAUUGCUGGAGGCCUCGAAUUUCUUGUUCAAGCAGGGCUUGAUUCACUGCGAGAUCUAGAUCUUUCGAAUAAUCGGAUUCAAUAUAUUGAAGAUCUUGCGCCACUUGCGCAGCUGAAGCUUGUUUCACUGGAUCUGUACGAGUGUCCUGUCACGCGGGUCAAGGAUUACCGAUCUAGGGUUUUUGGGUUGAUUAAAUCGCUUAAGUACUUGGAUAAGAUGGAUGCAGAAGAGAACGAGAGACCCGAGUCUGAUGACGAGGAAGAGGAGGAUGAGGACGAUGAGGAUGACCCUGGAAGUGGAGAAAUUGAUGGGGAAGAUCGUCCAUUUGGAAUAAACAAUGGACAUAGCGAGGGGGUUGAUGGGGUUGUGGAUGCUGAGGAGGAUGAAGAGAGUGACGCUGAUGAGGAGGAGACCGAAACCUCAAGGAGGACAAAUGGCUUGAGCCAUCAAGCUAAUGGAUUUCGGGUUGCACCGGUUGUGGGUGAUGAUGUUGAGGAGGAUGACGAGGAUGGUGAUGAGGAAGAAGAGAAUGAUUCAGGGGAAGAGAUUGAUGAGGAGGAGGGGGAUGAUGAUGAUGUGGUUGAGGUUCAUGAAAUUGAAGACAGUGAUGACGAAGAGGAUGGAGUUGAAUAUGAUGAGGACGAUGAGGACGACGAAGAUGAGGAAGAGGAAGUGGACAAUGAUGAUGGGGAUUUUGCCGUGCCUGAGAGUACUGGCCGCUUGACUAGCACGGAAGGGGAGAUUGAUGGGCAUGAGCAAGGGGAGGAUGUUGGAGAUGAAGAUGACAAUGGAGAGACUGGUGAAGACGAGGUAGGGGUUGAAGAUGAUGGAGAAUUUGAAGAUGAUGAUGAAGAAGAAGAUUACGGUGCAGGAUAUCUUGUUCAGCCUGUGGGACAGGCUGAGGCAGUUAACACCGCGAGUGGUGAGAUGGAUGGGGGAAAUGAUGAUGGUGAGAAUGAGGAAGAAGUAGAUGACGAUGAUUGCGAAGAGGAGGAAGUUGACGACGACGACGAGGAUGUUCAAGUGUUGCCUCCAGCUUCUUCAAACCUCAAGAGGAAGAGGGACGAUGAUGGGGAUGAGGAUGAUGGCGAGAACAAUGAUGAUGAUGAUGGGGUGGCAUGCAGUAAGUCAUCAAAGAAGCAUCACUGAGGCGCCAUUCUAACUUGUCUCAAUGUUCAUGUUGUUUUGAUGUCUUCCAAGUAUUGGAAGCAGGGAACUUCUCCUUUUGGAUAGAAUGAUGGUUAGUCUCUAGGGAUUUAGAACUCCUGGACAUAAGAUAUAUUAGGGAAAGGAAUUGUAUGUUGGGUGGCACAUGUUCAGUUCAAAAAGUCGUUAGCGUUUUCCCGCUGGCCUUUCACAUAUAGCCGUUACUCAUAUUCAAAUGACAGUUACAUGGGUUUUGCCGCCCAUUUUCUCGA